AUGCCACAGCUACUCGCCCCAGACCUCGGCGAGUCGUCGAGGAGUAGAAGUAGACAGCGAGCGCGGACCGAGGCGAACGAACAUCGUAGCAUGUGGGAUCGGCUAAGUCUGCAAAAAAUUGGUAGUUGGUUGAAGAGGGAUGAGGAGGAGCCGCCUCCAGGUGCAUUGGGCGAGAAGCAUGGCCGGCAGACAGACGAUGAGAAUAAGGAGAAUGGACGGCCACAUUCGAGUGGAGAGCAUGGGCAUGGACUUGGGCGGCCAUCGGGGUUGCUGGGGAGGAGGAGUAGCAGGAGAGUCGUUCCUGGACUGCCCAGACCGCUGACGUUCAAGAGGAUGAACUCCGAGAAGAGGGAGAAGCUGCUUCCCGUGCCGAUAGACCCCGAGCAGAGGCGAGCCGCGUCAGUGGACCGAAGAGGAUCGAAUGCCCUCGCGCUGAAGCGGACGCUGUCGCCACCAACCAUAAACGUACCUUCGAGUUCCGCGCCUGAUGUUCUAAGUCUACACACAAGUGAGAAGGAGCAGAAGCCAACAAUUGGGGGAGGGGAGGGCUCCAAUAUACCAGCGGGUGCGAGGCAGGUGGAUUACCGCAUGGAAGAGAGUAUAGACUACUUGACUGCUGGAGAGCCACCCCCACUCUCCCUCGCAGGGGACUCCUUCUACGAAAAUGGCUCCCAACGCUCCUCGUCUGACAUUGACGAGCUGUUGCUGCAGGAGGAACUAGAGGCGAAAUGGAUACUGAACCUCAGCAUGCAUUUCCGCGACAUGUCCGACCGAGAAAAGUUCUUCAUCACGUAUGCGGAAGAGCCGAACAAGUGGAGGAGAGUCACAGUGUCCUGUGACUACCGCGAGAUCACCCCCGAUUCUCUCGAAGCCGAUCUAAAGAGCCUUCACUACCAACGAGACAAAUGUUCGAGGAUAUAUGAGGCCAUCCGCGACUCACUCCCUGAUAUCCAGUUUUACGACACCGUCACCAAUCUCAAGCUCCAAACCGCAGAUGGACGUCUCCAUGUACAUGUUACCGAGGAUGUCAAUGAAAUCAUUCCAUAUCCGCCAUUGUCCGCCCUUGACCAUCUUGAUUGCAAGAAAUUUAAGGAGAACGCUGUCAGCUUCGAUUCCCAUAUCUCAGGGUUUGUAUAUAAGGUUUCUGUGCAGAACAAGGUAUAUAUCAAGAAGGAGAUUCCAGGUCCAGAUGCUGUCGAGGAGUUUCUCUACGAGAUCAAUGCCCUGUAUAACUUGAGAGACUCAAAGUCGGUCAUCAAGUUUGAAGGCAUCAUUGUUGAUGACAAGAGUGGACUCAUCAAAGGUCUGCUGAUCAGCUACGCGGAACAAGGUGCUCUUGUGGACCUCAUCUACGACGACAAGGGCACAGACCGACUGCUAUGGGAACGACGUGAGAAGUGGGCACGACAGAUUGUGGAAGGUCUGUCAGAAAUUCACGAGGCUGGGUUUGUGCAAGGCGACUUCACGCUGUCAAACAUCGUUAUUGAUCACAAUGACGAUGCCAAGAUCAUUGACAUCAAUCGCCGUGGCUGUCCUGUUGGUUGGGAACCGCCUGAGCUUGCGAGGCUCAUUGAGAGCGGCCAACGGAUAUCUAUCUACAUUGGGGUCAAGUCUGAUAUCUUCCAGCUCGGUAUGGUGCUUUGGGCCCUCGCAAACCAACAAGAUGAACCGGAGCGCGAAGAACGCCCAAUCGCCCGAUCAUUCUCAAGGUCAGAUACUGUUCCUGCAUAUUUCCGCGAUAUUGUGACAGCAUGUCUCAGCGACUCUCCACGAGAAAGGCCAGCGGCGAAGGACAUGCUAAGGCAAUUCCCUGAUCCAUCGACUGAGCGCACCCGACUCAUGACAGAAUCACGACAAAGCGUCUCAACCCACCGAUCCGACAAGGAAUAUAUCGACCCCGCAACCGCAGUCGAUUUAGAUGAUAUCACAAAGCACCGCCAGCGGUCUCGCUCAUCCUUUUCUAAUGUCAACAUGCCAUCUACUGAAUACAUUGGCUCAAGCGGGUCUUACAUUCUCCCCAAUGCCACCCGUGGCCGCUCUCCUGGCCUCCGCAGUCCGAGCCGUAACCGACGGUCUUCCUGCUCGCCCUACCCCGCUCCUCGGUCAAUAAUGUCUCUCGAUGACAGCGAACUCGAAAACGAACUUGCGAGUCUACCUGCUAGUCGCGAAACCAGAUGGGAACAAGUUUAUGUCGACGGUGACACCAGGCUUGUGCAGAGAGGUAGUCUUGGCAUCGAAGCGCAUGAUUUCGCGACCCAGGAACCGAAGGAUGUCUGUAUCACAACGCCGCCAGGAGAACUCGAGAACUCGUUGGUGGGAAGUAAGAAGAGCGACGAUACCCCCCUAAGUCUGUCUACAGUUGCGGAAUUGCAGCCGCCUCAGUCACAGCCGCUACCAAUGAAUAAUACGAACGAGGGAGGAGCAACGAGUGAAGGGGAGAAAUUGGGCCAUCAUAGACAUCCGUCGAGCAAAGCAUCGUUCUCCGACCGCGUCCAUAACCUAGUUCAAUCCGACGACACUAAAAUGACGAACACGCUCGCAGAUCUGGAAAACGAAAUCGCUAUGGAUGCAAGUGUGGCGAGUAGUCUUGCACCCAGUCGCGUUGGAACGGGAUUCUCGAUUGAGGGGCUGCCACUUGGGUAUGGCUCGCCGCUGCAUCAAGACUCUGGGUUCGACGAACCGCAACGCAGUUUGGAAAAUAAGAUGACUGAGCUGAAUCCCACGAACGGGGCGGACGAAGGUGGUGGAAGGGUUGAAGGAAGGUUAUGGGAUGAGAAAGACGGUACGUUGAUCGGUGAGGGGGUUCGCGCCAGCGAGCUAGUUAUCACACCUGACAUUUCGGGUGGAGUGGAGACACAGAGGAAUGAUGUCGUCGACCUUCAAGAAGAAGAGAGGAGGUUGGAAGAGAAAACGAGCAAUACCACGAUUCGUCCCCCGAGUAUCAUGAUCCCGGAAUUCCAUCAUGCGGUUCCGAAGGCGGUAGAUACAAUGAAGCCCUCUCGUUUGUCUCUGCCCUCCACCACCGCCAGUCCCCUUCACCGUCCACCCUAUCACUCCCAGACCGCUCCAAAAUGA